AUGCAUGUCCAGUCUCCACCUCGAAAUGCUUAUCACAUAUCAUUCCGCAGCUCUUCCAACUCACGGGACUACAAUACGACCUUGGAGACAAAAGAAACUUCACGAAGAGCGCGUCAUUCAGCAGAAGAACAAUUUGGAAACAAACUAUAUCAUCUGCUUCCUCUAAGUAAAGACGAGAUCCGUGUGAUUAAAUUGCAGCCUGCUACGUCUCUAUUGGCUCCAAUUUUUGCUGACCUCGCCGUCCUGCACCUCGGAGAUGGGAACUCCCAAUACGACGCUUUGUCGUAUCGCUGGGGAGACGGAAUUGAUCCUGUUGGAAUAUUGACGGCAGAAAAGGAUCCAGUCACCAUCACCAUCAACGAGAGGUGCAUGAGCGUCACGCAGAGCCUUGAAACUGCACUACGUUACUUGCGCCAUGACGAAGAAGAGAGAGUGAUAAGGGCGGACAGCCUUUGCAUUAACCAGGAGGACUUGGAGGAGAAGUCAAUCCAGAUUCAAAAAAUGGACGAAAUCUACAGCGGAGCAAGCUGCGUGAGAAUCUGGCUGGGUGAAGCAGGGGACUCCACAGAAUCGGCCAUGGCUUUGCUGAACGGCUGCGAGGCUCUGCAAGAUGAGACUACGACCACACAGAGAAUCAUACAGGACGAGGAAGGAGUUCGUGGACUGACCGAACUGCUGCUGCGGCCUUACUGGUCCCGUAUAUGGAUGUUCCAAGAGAUCCUUCUGGCAAAGCGGGCUGCAGUUCAUUGCGGCAUCUUCGUUGCAGACUGGUGGACGAUCAAGACAUUGGACACUCUAACAAGCAAUCCCUCUAUUUGGAACCCACCAGACCCUCGCAAAAGAUCCAUCGCCGAAUUACGGAAGUCAUUUUUCAACAUUGCGCACUUGAACGUUCCUUUAAGCCAAAUUGGAAACAUCGAGAACCUUCUGUUUCCAACCAGCCGCCUGCAGGCCUCAAAUGACCAUGACAAGCUCUAUGCGCUCAUAGGUCUGUGUAACAUUGGGGAUUACUUAACUGUCGACUACCGCAGUUCCACAAGAGACACGUAUGCGGACUUUACGCGGUGCUAUACUCAGCGCACCGGCGACCUAAGCCUGCUCUACGGCGCGGGACUUUGCCAGUCCUCCAAAGAUCAAGCUAUCAGUCUUCCCUCUUGGGUUCCCGACUUCCGUGGGAAAGACGGCAGACACUCGUUGUUCCUCGCUGCUGGAUUCUCUAGAGCUUUCGACGCAUCUGCUGGCAAGAGUCACCCACGAGCAAAACAAAGCGGCUGUUGGGGUCCAGAGCCCCCUGUCAGAGGUCUCUUAGUUGAAAGUCUUCUAGCGGGAGAAAUUUUGUUGACGCGGCCACUCGACGUCAGCGAAUCUGGGCGCAAGGAAUUGUAUCAUACAUUCGGCCUAGGCCGCGCGAACAACAGCACUUCCGACAAGUCUCUGAUACAAGCACUCGCUGAAGUCCUCAUCAUGGACAGCGAUGCCAAAAGCUGUCACCGCUUUUCAAGACAACAGGAGCGCCAUGUCAAUGUAUCACUGUUCCGAACUCUUGGCCUUAUCCGAGACGCAGAAAAGUUGUGCAAGGGAAACUUUAUGGAAGCAGGACGCGAUUAUGAUGUUGUGGCCUUUGUGGAGUGGGCUGGACUUGCCCAAGUCGAUCGAGUAAACGACAUCUACUCCCGACUUUGGACAUCGGAGCCAAAAAGGCUCGAUCACUAUCGCAAUAUGUUCAUACGCGAGCUCAAGCGCAGGCGAAGUACGUCUUCAAGAUUGUUCUCGACCAAUUCUGGAUACAUUGGUAGAGCUUCUGCCGAGGUAGCGGAAGGGGACAUGGUCGCUAUUCUCUCUGGCAGUAGACUUCCUUUUGUCCUCCGCAAGACGCAAGAUCAUUCAUCGUUUCAGAUUGUGAGUCCUUGCUACGUUAGUGGCAUGAUGUUUGGCGAACUAGCAGGCGGCUCUGGCGCGGGUUUAGGUCACGUUCAUGGUUUCGAGAACAUCAUACUGGUAUGA